AUGCGCGGAGGCGACUGUGGCGGAUGGGGGGAACCGAUUGGUGGGGGCGGGCUCGGGAGUGCUGAUGCGCGGAACGAGCGGCGGGGACUGGACGUGGGGGAGGGGAGAGGUGCAACGGGGGCGAGUGUGAGGAGCGAAGUGGGGGGCGACAGGGAAGGCGCGGGGUAUAGCCUGCACAAGGGCCAGUGCUUGCCGCCAGCAGCGGCAGCAGCGGCGCCAGGCGCACAGCAGGCGAGCAAUAGGGCUGCCACAGCACCGUGGGCACCACUCCGCCCCGCCGGGCCGGCACCCAAACCCACCGCGCUUGCAGCGGCAGAAUCGACAGCAGAAGCAGGCGCGCGGGCAGAAGCAGCAGUGAGGGCAGAUGCGCAGGCGGUGUGGGCGCGAGCAGGCGAGCAGGUGGGCGGCGAGGUGCAACGGCUGAUGGCGCCGCUCACCCGCCUGCUGCUCGCCCUGCAGGGCACUGGGGGGACUGCGGGUGUGGGAGGUGGGGGGACUGCGGGUGUGGGAGGUGGGGGGACUGCGGGUGUGGGAGGUGGGGACGAGGAGGAGCGGUGGGAGGGUGGCGGCGCCAGAGAGGCAGGAAGUGAUGGCGGGUGGGGGAGCGCAGCGGAAGGGUGUGGGGGUGAGGACGCAGGGAAGGGCGGUGAGACAAGUGGGAGCGAGCGAGGGGGGGGGUGGGUGGAGCGAGUGGAGGCGCUGCGAGUGGUGAGGGCGCGGGGCAGGGCGCGGAGUGCCGUGGGAGGGGCAGAGGGAGGAGCAGGGGGGGGUGGUGGAGGCGAGGAUAGAUGCGUGGCGGGCACGGGUGAUGGAGAGAGAUGCUCAGGAGAGUAUGGUGAGUGGCGCAUGGUGAGUGGAGCAAGGGUGGAGUGGAGCAUGGUGAGUGGCAGCAUGGUGAGUGGAGCAUGGUGGGUGGAGCAUGGUGAGUGGAGCAUGGUGGAGUGGAGCAUGGUGAGUGGAGCAUGGUGA